CUGGCAACAUUCGAUCCAUUCGGGGUCCACCCCUUCACGAACACCUCUGGCGUCCUCCCCCCUGCUCCUCAGCCAUCACAGUACCCACAUAUGGUCAGGCAGACACACGCAGGCAGCACUCACAGUAGCGGCACAGCACCAGAUGGUCAUAAUCCCCAGUUUAAAAAUACCACGUCUCUGAAAGCGCCUGCGCCGAAGCGAGCUACCAAGGUGUCGCAAAAUCAGACCGCCCUACCGGUAUGGGUGCCGUUCCGCCCAGAAACAGUGACACCAGAGUUG